CUAGCGCUAAAAAAUUUCAAGGCAGUGCAAACAAAUAAUAAAUAAUUAGAGCUUAUCACACUCCGUCACUAUUAUUAUUUUUAAUUUAUAAUAUAGUAUAAUUAUAAAUAUUUGUUCUAUUUUUAUUUGAGUCGCAAAAAUGGACGGCGAUUUUUGUGAAUUGUUGAGGUGUUGCUGUGAAUGUGGAUUAUGCAUAGGGCUCUGCUGCCUAUGUUGCAGGGACAACGAUUCUAAUCAACGUCGCGAUCCGUUUUAUCCAGUUGGCCCCGCUAGUACGACAAUAAUCCAAACACAACCAAAUUCGCACCCAACCUAUCCAAUAGAUGGUAUACCGCCAGGAGGCGGUUACGGAGGCGGUAAUCCUUAUCCGCCCUCAAUGCCCAUGCCUCAACCUCAACCAGGCUAUCCUCCACAUUCAGGGGCUCCAUAUCCUCCACCUGGUGGGGCACCAUACCCUCCGGGACCUGUUCCAGGAGGCUAUCCGCCUGCAGGAUAUCCACCUGGUCCAGGAUACCAAGCUCAGCCUCCACCCUAUGAUGUAGCAGUAUCUAUGCCUCCACCUCAACCAUAUCCCCCACAGCCGGAAGGAUAUGUCAAACAGGCCCCCUACAACCCCCAUUACCAAAAUUGAGGGUAACUACGUUAUGUUGCAAAAAGGGUUGCAAUAAUUUGCUGACCAGAAUAUUCUUUUUACAAGGUGACAAUAUUGUUGCGCUUCUUAAAAUGCACAAAGGUUUAUUAUAUUAUUCUUUUAUAUACAUAUGAAUACCUACUUAUGUAUUUUAUGUACAAAAAAAUAUAUAUUUUAAAAUUUAAUUUCUGAGGAAUGCUAUCCAAAAACAAUAUUUUUAUGCCAUAUUUCGUUAAAGCUCAGAAAAAAUUAAUCUUCAUUAUAUCUGUAUAAAUAAUAGAUUAUAUUCAUGUAAAUUCAGCUCAAAAUGAUUAUGAAAAUACCCAAGUUUGUAGUUUGUUCAUACCAAAAAAAUAAUAACAAUAGGUUAAAUUUAAUUGAAAACCAAUCGAAACUACUCACAAUAUUGCCUAUUUUUUAGUAAAAUAUGUCACAUUACAAUAAUACUUAUAUACAUUGCUAUUUAUUAUUAAUUGUUAUUUCCCACUGUGCGGGGUGUUUCAAUUAGGACCAUAUUUUUCAGAUAAUUCAAUAUUAUUAAAAAGUUGUGUUCAGUUCUUGCUCAUUCAACCAUUUUAUUGAGGUUUUGCCUAUAGGUAAAAUAAAUGUGAGCUUUCCUUCCAUAAACCCGCUGAAGAAAACAGAGGAGUGAGUUUUGAGGCUUUGAGUAGUAGCCUGAACAUUCACUCCUUUGCCUUUUUCCAGCUCCAGUAGCAGGUGAGCAGGAACCCAAUGAAGACGAAGAGUGAAAGUCUGUGUAAAAGAUGCUAGAAUAUAUGAGGAAUUCCUGGAAAAAGAGCAAGAAUCUAUGGAAAAGGUGCAAGAGGAGUGAGAAUCUUUGGAGAUUGAGCCCAAGUCUUCAACAAGUAAAUUUCGAAACUUAUAGUUCA